UCAGCGUUGGCAUUUUUGGUCACCAGCGAUACAUCUUCGGGCUUAAUCUUCUUUAUUUCAUCCACCAUAUAGGUCGGUAGAAGACAUGGAACUGAUUUAUCUCUUGGCAAUGUCCAUUGGCCUGAUUUUCAUCUUUCAACAUGGCAAUUGUGCCCCAACGUCGAGUCCCAUAACAGGAUUGAUGAAUGCAACUAAAACAGGAUUGAUGAAUGCAACUAAAACCGGAUCGAUGAAUGCAACUAAAACUGGAUCGAUGAAUGCAACUAAAACAGGAUUGAUGAAUGCAACUAAAACCGGAUCGAUGAAUGCAACUAAAACCGGAUCGAUGAAUGCAACUCAAAACAGGAUCUGAUGAAUGCACUAAAACAGGAUCGAUGAAUGCAACUAAAACCGGAUCGAUGAAUGCAACUAAAACAAGAUCGAUGAAUGCAUCUAAAACAGGAUCGAUGAAUGCAACAAAAACAGGAUCGAUGAAUGCAACAAAAACAAGAUCGAUGAAUGCAAAUAAAACAAGAUUGAGGAAUGCAACAAAAACAGGAUCGAUAAAUGCAACUAAAACAACAUUGAUGAAUGCAACUAUGAAGAGUUUAGUUAAUGCGAAUGUAAAUAGGACUACAGUGGGUAGAGAAGAUCCUGGUCCAAGCUCCAUACUAUAUCCUGUAUGCAAUCAGUACCUCGGUAUCAGCGACAUGAGGCUCCUCAAAGACGACCAAAUGACCUCUAAUCUCAUGAAAUACAACGAACAUACGUUAGACUCACAGGAGCGAGUGCACAAUAAGACCUCCACAUCAUCUUCAUCGUUCAAUUUUACUAUCAAAGGAAAUAAAACUGCUCCAUCUGAUGGGAGGCUUGGAAACAACGAGGGCUCCUGGUGUACGAAUCCUUUAAAAGUGGAGCGUUUGGUUGUCGACCUGGGUGAUAUUUACAUACUGGAAGGAGUAUUAACUCAGGGAAGAUCAGAUUCUGACAAUUGGGUGACAGAAUACAAUAUUGCAUAUGGCGUUGACGAGCAUCCCAGACACUGGGAUCAUAUCAAAGAGGUAUUCAAAGGGAACAAAGAUCGUAACUCUAUCGCUGUUGCUAGCUUUCCUACACGAAUUGUGGCACGAUAUUUGAUGUUCACACCAAGAUCUUAUCAUGGAGAAUUGAUUUGCAUGAGAGUUGAAGCUAUUGGUUGUCAUCCUGAUGCUGUGAAUGUAGCAAAAAACCAACCCGUUUAUCUCUCAAGUAUCAAUGGUAGCGCAAAACUGUCACCAGAAUUAGUUGAUGGAAAGUUUGUGACAAAUUCUGUCAACGAAACCUGUGCACAUAUUCUUAAUGAAACCUAUCCAUGGUUACGCAUCGAUCUGCGUCGUCGUUAUUACGUGAAAGAAUUAUUCAUUUCAAACCAUGAUCACGGAAAUGACUUGGACAUGCGUGAAUUUGAAGUACGUGUUGGAGAUAGCCUUGAGAACAACGGAAACAAUAAUUCUGUUUGCUGUUUCGAGAACACCAUACGGCAAUCCCAGAUUCGUACUGUUGUCUGUGGAAACAAUAGUGUUGGACGCUAUGUAAAUAUAAGGGCCUCGAAAGUGCAACUGGCCUUGUGUGAGGUGACAGUGAUUGGAAUUGCUGAUACAAUUGUCAAACUCAAACUGGAUGACAUCGCCGACAGUCUAAAGACAGGAGCGCGUAUUACUGAAAACGGUGAAAAAACAGAGGCUUUCGUUGGAGGUCUUAUUGGCCAGUUACAGGAAGGACAGCAACAAUUAGGUGGAAUGUUCUUUGGCCAAGGCAUGAGCUUUUUGAACAAUAUUGGAGGCCAAGGUCUAAGUAUGUUCAACAGACUUGGCAAACAAGGAAUGGGAAUGCUAAACAAUCUUAAAGAGCAGGGUCAAGAUCUUACCAAUGUCAAAAAAUUAAAACAGCAAGGCUUCGAUUUGACCAAUCAGAUGAAAGAACAGGGAACGGGGAUAGCUAACCAAGUGAAGGAAAAGGGGGUGGACAUUGCUAAUCGGGUGAAGCAAAAGGGAAUAAAAAUGACAAACAAAGCAAGAGAAGAGGUAAUGAAGGUGGCCAAGGAAUUACAAGGACAAGGUGAGAAGUUGACUAAAGAUUUGCGAAAUCAAGGUUCAGUUGUGGUCGACGACAUACAAGGACAGGCGAAUGAACAAAAAGAUACAUUAAAAGACAAGCUCAAAAACUCUUGGAUAAGGUUAGAAUUGUAUUCAGGCUUAUUUAUAAUGCAGGCUAAAGAAUAUUACGAGAAAGCGAAGGAAUAUAAAGAUAAGUUUAUGGAGGAAGGAUAUUUAAGCACGGGAAAAGAAUAUCUAGAUAUUGGUAUUAGUAUGACGAUGAAGGGACUUCGUUAUUUACAAGAGAAACUCACAGAUUCAUUAAAAAAUAUUGCCGGUGAUUUGACGGGUCAAAUUACGGGCAAUAUAGACGAGUACAACACUGACGGUGUUAAUGGUUUGCUUGACAAUGUGGACACUGAUAAGGUCAGGGAUAUCGUCGAGGAAGCGAAACCAAAGAUCAAUGAUUUCAUUGAUGAGAUGAAGAGGUUGAUAAAGAAGUACACGGAAGUUGUUAUCGAUAAAGCUAAGGAGUUGAAGGAGGAUAUAGAAAGCGAGGUUGACAGUGCGCAGAAAGAUGUAAAAAGUAUUGGGGAAAAGGUAGCUAAACAGGCUAAAAAUACGGGUAAAAAUAUUGCGAACAAGGCCAAAACUGUUGCCAUCGAUACUGUGUCUAAAGCGAAAACUGCUAUCACAAAUGCCACGAACAAAGUGAAGGAUGCUGGGAUGAAAACGUUCAAUACAGCACAAGAGACUGGAAAGAAUGCCGUCAAUGAAGUUAAGGAUUCUGCCAAGGAUGUCGUUGAUAAGACAAAGAAAAGCGGCAUAGAUGCUGUGGAUAAAAAAAGGAAAAGUGUCAUGGAUGCCAUGAGUAAGGCAAAGACAAGUGGCGUGAAUACUUUUGAUCAGGCAAAAGAUGUGGGAAUGGGAGCGUUUGGUAACUUACAGACCGCUGGCAACAAUGUUUUUGGACAGGCGAAUAACCUGGGAAUGGGUGCUUUUGGUAAGCUCAAACAAACAGCAGGGAGUGUAUUUGGUAACGUGCAAGGAUUUGGCCAAGGAAUGUUUGGAAAGCUCAGCGAUGCAGGAAUAAAAUUGUUGUCCAAAGUUAAAGAUGCCAAACCAAAACAAGUGAAGGAAAUGCAGCAGAUCUACACGCUUCAGCAACUCAAGCAGAUUAAACACAUGCAGGAUCUUGUGAAGGAGUUACGUAUGAAAGAAGAUAUACAAUGGCAAAAGUUGGAGGAAAUUAUUGCUGAAGUCGAAGAAAGGAGGAGGAUGGUAAUGGAGAAGACUAAAGUGAAAGAUACAGACUAAGAAUUUCACUCUUUUGACGAAGACUUGUAGGAGUCACGGCUUAAGCCUAAAGUGUACUAAAGUAAUUACAUUUAUCAAAGUUAUUGUGAAUUAUAAGACAAUCUUUAUAUUUGUGUACUCUGUCGAAGACCUUAGUAUCAAUCGUGAUAAAAACUAAAGUUGAACAUUUUUAAAAUGUUGUCAUGAUUUUUCUUUGCUUUUGUAAACUAAACUGGGUUUUAUGAUCUUACGUUAAAGAUUUUUAUUGUAUUUAUUGCUUAAAUAGUAAAAUUUUAAACAAAUCAUAAAUUAAUGUUUAGCUUGAGCUGAUCGUUUGUAAAUUUAUGAAAUCUCUUGCUGUAAAUUUUAAUGUCAAAAAGUAUCAAACCGUAAACUAAAAA